AUCAAAUGUCAUAUUUGAUUUGAAAUUUUUGCAACUUUUGAUUUGGAUUUUUGAAGAGAAAAAGUCGUAAAACAGCAUGUCUGGUGGGGUCUGUGCUGUGUAUGGUUGUUGCAAUGCCACUGUGAAAAAUUGUUCAAAAGCAUUCUUUCGAUUUCCUUUAAAUACAGAAGUAUAUGGACUAUUAGGUUCGAGUGGCUGCGGCAAAACAACACUUCUGAAUUGCAUUUUAGGCCUCAAAAAAGUUGAUUCUGGGACAAUACUAGUCUUCGGCGCCAUAUCCGGUUCGAAGGAAACUGGAAUACCGGGACCCAGAGUUGGUUACAUGCCACAAGCAAGUCUUUUGCGCCUACCUAUUGAGAAAACAAACCUAUAGCACUGUGUAAUUAUAGGAACUUGGAUUAAUGCCGUUUUUUACAAUCGAAGAAGCAAUAAGGUAUUUUGGUUGGUUAAAUGGAUUAGAACAGGACAGGAUAGUAUCGAGAAUCCAGUUUCUAAGUACCCUAUUGGCUUUACCUGAUUACAAAAUGGUGAUAAACAAUCUUAGCGGUGGUCAGCAGCGGAGAGUCUCAUUGGCGUGUGCCUUGGUACAUGAACCAGAACUGUUAGUCCUCGAUGAACCUACAGUUGGUUUGGAUUCCAUUUUACGUAAAGAGAUUUGGGAUCAUUUAUUAAAAAUACGUAGGAAAUCGACAAUUAUAAUCACAACCCAUUAUAUAGAAGAAACUUCUCAGGCAGAUGUAGUAGGAUUCCUUCGAAAGGGAUGUUUGCUUGGUGAAGAUUCCCCACGUGAUUUGAUGUUACGUUUUAAUGUUGAUUCUCUUGAACAAGUGUUUCUUAAAGUGAGUCUAAAACAGAAUACAGACGAUACACAUGACCCUGAAGAAGAUGAUUUUAUUGUAAAUGAUGUUCAGCCUGCUUUGAAUAAAGUGCACGAUAGUAGUACUACGGGGAACCUUGUUUACACAGUAGGCACUAAAAAAAAUUUAAGCAAACAGCGCGUGAAUGCACUUUUAUGGAAACAUUUCACAUGGAUGAGACGAAACUGGGACACUGUUUUCAUAUUCUUUUCGGUAACUAUUGUGCAAAUUGCUACAUUUUGUUUGGCGAUUGGACAUAAUCCCAAAGAUAUACCCGUGGGUCUUUUGAAUUACGAAGUCAAGCAAUCGGAUUGCAAUUACACUUUAACCUGCAACGCUACACAUUUAAGCUGCAUCUAUUUGCAAUACCUCAAAGAAAACGGACUAACAUUGAUUGAUUAUUUCUCCGAAGAGGCGAUUACUACAUCGGUUAAUAAAGGCAAACUGUAUGCUGCAAUAAUAAUAAAAGCGAAUUAUUCGACAGGAUUAAGACACCGAAUUAAGCAGUGGAAUUUUGCAAGCUCGUGGGAUUUUGAGCAGGGCGAAAUUGUAGUCGUAUGGGACACCACAAAUGCAGCCAUUUCCAACUUCAUUAAAAUGUAUUUAUACAACUGGUAUCAAUUGUUUGUUCAAAAUUUUUUGGAAAAAUGUGGUAUAAAGAAAAAGGUUCUGACUCUACCUGUGCGGGUAGAACAACCAGUGCAUGGUUCAGCCCAAUUAAAUUUUACAGAGUUUUAUAUACCCGGAGUUACAAUCACCGUAUUAUUUUUUAUGUCCAUAACGUUGACCUCUUUAUAUCUAAUAAUUGACCGCAAGGGCGGAGAUAUGGACCGAGUGUUACUUUCUGGAGCUACUUUAACCGAACUCACAGUAUCAUACCUAAUUACGCAAUUGACAUGCAUGCUCAUCGAAGUAUUUAUUGUUUUUGGAAUUCCAUAUAUCGCAUUUGGGAUCACACAAAAUGGAUCUUCUCUUCUUAUAAUCAACUUAGGAAUUUUGGUGGGCUUAUGCGGAAUGGCUUACGGAUUAACCAUUGCCUCGGUCUGCAUAAAGGAAUUUUCAGCGACGACAAUGGCGCUGGGAUCGAUAGUGCCUUGUCUAUUUAUUAGUGGAACGAUUUGGCCAACUCAGUGUAUAAGUCCCGUAUUACAAGGGGUUUCUUCAAUUAUACCAUUAACUAGCGCAAUUGAAAGCCUACGGUGUAUAAUGAUUAAAGGAUGGGGACUGAAUCGUCCAGCUGUUUAUAAAGGAUUUAUAUCACUAGUGAUUUGGAUUACAUUAUUAUUGAUAACUUCAAUGAUUUUGAUGAGGGUUCGCAAUCGGGCUUAAAGUGUCAGAGGGUUUAGCUUAGUAGUAAAUGUGUUGACGCAAAGUCUAGGUGCAAAAAUGCCAUAACAGUUCCUGAAUUAUCGCAAAUAACACAGUGUUAAACUUAGAGGUACCUAAACAUUAUAGAAGUUGU